AUGCACACCAGUUUCACACUGACGACCGCAGCUUCCAGCACGACAAAAACCAUGCCGUUGGAGCACUCAACAUUAGCAAAAACUGGCAGCUACAUAAUGACGAUAACGCCAGCUAUAACGACGUCCGUAUCUUCUGGCCCUGAUACCAGUCCUUCCCACUCACUACCUGAUAACAACCAAACCACUACCCAAACCUCACAGACCGAGCCAACCCAUACGAUUCCUGAUGAGCCAGACAUGUCUCAAACACCGUCAAACAUGCUCUCACUCCCAACGGCUCAGUCCCCUCUUCCUCUUCCUUCUCCACCAAGACCCAAUUGCCAGGAAGAACUGACAUGCUCUCGCAGACGUGACGCAAUCACCUUAGGUGCCAUCACUGGGGUCUUUCUUCUCGCCUUAGUUGCGCUCGCGUAUUUACGUUAUCAACGCCUCGAAACACGAAGACGACUGGAAGAGUUCAGAGGGAGAUUGUUUGGGGAACCACCGCUCCCUGUCAGAGAGCGUUCGUCUCUACGGAUAAAUCUGAACCGUUUAUUUGAUCGUUCAUCAAGAGGUGGGAGAUCUUCCUGUACAACGAACAGUAGUAGUACUUGGAUGAUUGGGCGACAUUCGAACGGUCAACCUGAUGGUUCGGCGCGUUUUGUUUGA